AUGCCGGACCGAUGUUCCGCGGACUCCUUGGAGUACUGGGAGGACUUCUACGAGGAUCGGCGCAGUACCUACGACACGCUCUAUGGCUACGAGGACCUGCGUCCGCUUUUGCUGUCCCUGGUGCGGCCUUCCAGGCAGCUGCGGGUCCUCCACGUAGGCUGCGGCACCAGCAACGUGACGCAGGGCCUUUGGCGCGAUGGCUUCCGUCAGAUUCUGAACAUCGACUUCAGUCAGGUGGUGGUCAAACUCAUGUCGGAGCGUUGGGUGGAGAAGUGCCCUGACGACUCGGAAGGCGUGCAAUGGCGGCACAUGGAUUUGACGGAUCUGUCUCAGCUGCCUGCGGCAUCCUUUGAUUUGGCCAUCGAGAAGUUCACGUUGGAUGCAAUCCUGUGCGAAGCGAAGGAAGACCUCACGGACCCCCGGGGCGUGGCAGCGCUGCACGGGCUGCACCGCGUCUUGGCGCCGGAGGGCCUCUUCCUUUCCGUGGCCUGGGGCGCCACCAGGCGCCAGGCGCUCCUCAAGAGCGGCGGGCUCUUUGACGUGGAGGUGCAUCAGCUGCCGGGCGAUGCUCCACAGCGGCCCUGGGUCUACGUUUGCAGGAAGCGCAUGCCAAUGCCGCGGCCAAGCGGGACGCUGCAGCCGGUGCUGAAGCAGACGGAGGAUGCUCUUGAGCUCGUCUGGGACUUGGGCUCUAUGCCCAAGUCCUCAUUCCAGCUGGACGUCUCCGCCAACGAGUUACGCUGGACACAAGCUGGGCAAAGCACGACCAUGGCCUUGCCCUUCGCCAUUGACACAGACAGCGCCAAAGCGCGCUGGCUCCAGGCGGGGCCUGGGUAG